AUGAAAUCGGAGAAAGAAUUAGCAGAAGAUGCUGGGGACUCCACAGACAAACAGAAUGAAAGGAGCGUUCUCUCUGGGACAGCUAAAGGCGAUUCUGGAUUUUGUUCGAGUUUUAAAUCAAAGCGUUACCGGGACAAACUGCGCUCGGAGAUCAAGUCAUUGGACAGUUUGCUGCCUGUUGACCGCACGACCCUUCACCGGAAACUGGACAGCCAGACUGUCUGAUUGGUCAUCUCCUUCUUCAGAACAAAAGUCUUCUUUAAAGCUAUCGGUUUCACGAACGACGUGUUGGAUGAAGAGGAAUCUGGUGGCGGUUCAAACAAGACGCAGGUGCCUGAAGAAACUAGUACAGAAAAUGACGAUUUGUCCGAGUUACAAGACCUGUUGAAGGGAGACAACCUAAUACAGGCUCUGGACGGCUUUCUGAUCGUGGCCAUGGCGGAUGGCACAAUCAUCUAUGUCUCGGAGAAUGUCCUACAGUAUCUCGGAUUUAAUCAGAUUGACCUUAUGCAUAGGUGUUUGUACAGCAUUGUCCAUCCAGAUGACCACUUUGACGUCAGGGACGUGUUCGAGCAGACCAUUCCAGACGGCGCGUUAUGUGAUCUGCCAACAGGCUCCUUCUGUGAACCGACGCCGCAAGCUAGGUACGAAUCGGAGGCCGUCUCCUUUCUCUGCCGGAUGAGGUGUUUUAACGGGACAACGGCUGGUUACUUAAAAAUGCACUGUUCGGGUCGACUCCAGGUUUUACCGGAAGCUGUCAGGACGACUAAAUAUCCCGGUCAGAUCAUCUUCGCCUUCUGUCGGCCUUUUAUGAUCAGUGGGCAGGACCAAGACUACGACGUCAAGCAAAAUGUUUUCUGGACAAAACAUGACAUGGAUCUCACUUUCAAGCAGUUGGACAAAAAGGCAGCCGAUGUCAUUGGUUACGCCACUGAUGACGUCGACGGCAAAUCCUUCUACGAGUACAUCCAUCCUGAGGACAUCACGACAUGUUGUGUGUGUCAUAAAGCGUUGAUGGAAUCGAGUGACAUCCAAACCAUGUACUUUCGACUCCAAACCAAGUCUGGGUCUUGGGUAUGGCUACACAGUCGUGGUAAAGUGGUCACCAAAAACUCCAAGAAGUAUUCGAUUGUGUUUUCACAUUACCCUGUCAGGGAAGACGACAGCAGCUAUAUACAACAAGAGAUUGUUUUGCGACAGAGGUAUUCCAUCAAUGAACUAUUUUACCUUCGUCAGAACAAUUUCCAUUUGGAUAUUCCUACCUCAUCGGAUUCAAUGUUUGAGAUGAUCAGUCAGCAAGUUUGCGCAAAAAAGGCUGGAUCACGCUCCGUACCGCUGACAGCUAAUGUUUAUAUGGAUGAGUUCGUGACAUCACAAGGUUCUUGUCCCUCCAGCUGGCACAUGAUGUCAGACCGCCACUCGCCAGUGCUGCCCUCUACCCAUGUAGCUCACAAGAUCUCUGUUCGUGAAAAACAGCUUCAUUUUCAAGAUUUCAAGAAAAGGCAAUUGGAACAGAGCUACCGCAAAAGGAAGGUGUUCCAUCGUAACCCAGUGGGGCAAACAGAGGGACAUUUUGCUGGCGGAAGAUUUUCUGUUUUACAAGGAAUGGCAGCUGAAGGAACACUAUUUCCCGGGCAGUUUCAACAGCGGCCUAAUCAUUUAUCCCAGGCAGAGUCCAGUUCGCGAAGCCCCUAUCGAUGUCCCUAUCCAGUGAGCUCAGAGACACACCCCUGUUACCCAGAAUCAUACGUAACACCGGAGCUGUCCCCAGAAUCCAUGAUGGACCUUGUUCAGGCGGACAACAAUCAUUCUGAUGCUGCUCUGUGUCAGCCACAACCCUUCCACAACUCCCCGAAUCUGUCAGCCCCGUACUGUAUGCCCCCAUCGCCUCCCCCAUCACCUCAGCGUCAUUUCAAUCACCAGCAGUGCCUAGCCCAGGAUAGAACCGUUCAUGUCAGAAAUAUUUUCACUCAUCAUCCGUCCGGUGGAUAUACAUGGGUCCAAGACCAAACAUAUCACGUGCGUAGCCAUGGCAACAAAAAUGUCAAACAUGGUGGCGGCCAUUGCUUGGCAUCAGAUGAUGUUCCAUUUCAAAACCCUCUGUGUGCCUCAACCAGAUCUACCAGAAGCAAACGUCCUAGAUGUGAUUACAGAUCCUCUGAGCAGUGCUAUGUAAAUCAGCAGCAAACAUGUAAUACUUGGUCGAAUGGCGGGAACCUUGAAGACCCAAAGGACAAAAGACACGUCAACAAUCAUGGCUGUCGGCCAUGGAUGAAUGUGGUUACAUGGGAUUCGCCAGAUAUUUACUCAUGUGCGGUGGCCAGCGGAUGUUGUGAACCAGGGGACAAAACUCCGUCUUGUUUCGAUCCUGCAUUCCACAUGAAAAUAGUGGACGAGCCUGUUGGUAAUCUUUCCAAAAGUGACUUAGACUUGCCGUCAAUUGGAAGCUUUCUAGAAUAUCUGAAUGACAUUUAAUAUUACUGAUAGUUACCCUUUGGUGGUUUAACCAAACCAUUUCCUUUUUCAGUUGAUCAAUAUAGACAUUUUGCUUUAUGUAGGAAUACAUUCUGAAGAAAAGUGUUCUAGACAAUAGCCGCGGCUUGGGGGUAUAUAGGGGAGGAUCAAGCUGUGGCAUUAUUUAGUCCGCAGAGAUCUGUGAGGACAUUUAUAACGGAUAUAAUUUACAAGUGAAAUAUACAAGUGGCAUAAAAGAAGAAAUCAAAUAAAUAAAUAAAUCAAUACUUAAGUUAAAACAAAUAAAAAUCCGAGCAAAGGUAAAUAACGUUUUUUAACUUGAACACAUUUUAUCAACAUGGGGCCGAUUGUUCAAAGGUGUGUGAGGCUUUAAGUCUUAAUUGGAGUAACUGUUAUCUCAAUAAAAAAUGAAAAUUUAGUCCAGGGCUUAAAUUGUAAAGCCCAUUUGAACAACUGGGCCAUCACAAUGUCAUAAUGACGUCAAUGGAAAAAAGCUCGUCAUACAAGUGAACCAUGACGUCCCAGUUGCUGAUGGCCAUUCGGCUUGAUUGAUUCGAAGAUUGAUAGGCAUAUACGUAUCAAUUCGUGUACACGUACGACUCAACUAGUGUACCCGUGCUAUCCAACUGGUGUACACGUACGACUCAAGCGGAGUCGAGUGCUAAUCUCACAUAC